CGCUGUUUAACAAAAUGAAAUGUUGAAAAUUUUUCUGUGCUGUGAAGGUUUAUAUCGUCGAAAUCUCGAAUUAAGCCAUUAAUUAAUCGGUAGAUGAAUUUUUUUUUCGAUUACCCAAACAGUUAGUUGUACAAAGAAGACAAAUGAAUUAUUAUACGAUGUUUGGAAGAAAUCAAAUGUCGGGCAAUGAACUUUUACAAUGGAAUCAAGCGUACUUAGAUGGACUCAAAGUCAUAGAUCGUUCUCUUCAGCACAACCGCCCUACAACUCAUUACCUACAGAAUGCCAGCAGAUCUGUAAUGAAUCUGCCAUUGCAUACCCCACAAAAUACUAUUAGAAGUUUAUUUGGACCACAAUUACAUAGCAGUCCUGUAUUAACUGCUCAAGCCUUGGCUAGAAUUCAAGGAACUGGUACAAGUUCUAGCACAAGCCAAGGAUUCAAUAUAUCGCCUUCUGCAAGGAAGUUUAAUAGUGUAAAGCAUGCUGUUGAAAAUACUGUACUAUCACAACAGUCUACAAGUACUGUCAGUAGAAGCAAGAGGAAGAGAAGUUUGGAUGAAGAGCCAGAGCAGGACCAUGGUGAAAAGAAACAAAAAACACCUGGAGAAGAUAGGAGGAGGCAACAUGAUAGUAAUUUACUUUCGCAGGGAAAAAGAAAGAGUGAUGCCCCAGUUGUUUCUCAAAACAGACGCUCUUUGCCAAAUGGGCAAACUAAAAUGAGCAGAACAGCUAGUUCUUAUUCAGCAGUGCAAACACAUUUUGAUAGUCGAAGGAAUUCCACAGGGGAUAUUGGUGUUGCAUUCAACCAUCUACAAACGCAGCAGAUUCUUCUCGUCAGACCACUCAGAUUAGACCAACCACCAUCUUAUAUGGACAAGUUUUCUCAGGAGAUUUGGAAUUUCUACCUUCAAAAUCGACAGACACCAAGUGACCUUGCACAGAAGAUAGAACUUAGAAACAAACUUUUCAGAUGUGUGUCUAUUGCUCUUCCAGCUUAUUCUUCUGGUUUACACAUCACUGGUUCUACUUUAAAUGGAUUUGGUACCAAGCAAAGUGAUUUAGAUAUGUGUCUUAUGGUCUCUCUGCCACAGUCAUCGCCUCCCAAAACACUUAUACUUAGACUUCUUCACCGUAUAAUGAGACAAAUUCAACAAGAUAUUCCUUCCUGUAAAAGUUUAUUAGUUAUACGAGCCAGAGUGCCUAUUCUGAGAUUCACAGAUACAAAAAGUGGUUUUGAUUGUGAUAUUAAUAUUAAUAAUGCUACGGGUAUAAGAAAUACACAUCUCCUUCAAGCCUACUCUAAGUGUGACUGGAGAGUUGCACCAUUAAUGUUAACGAUAAAACAAUGGGCUAGCGCAAACAAUAUAAAUGAUGCAAGUCAGUCCACUCUGUCUAGUUAUACUCUAGCUCUCAUGGUUUUACAUUAUUUACAAGUUGGAUGUAAUCCUGCAGUUCUGCCUGCUUUGCAACAGUUGCAUCCAUAUUAUUUCAGAAGUGAUUCAGAUGUCAAAAAUUUAUUUCCUCAAAAUUCUCUGGAAACAGAUUUACCUGAUCAUUUGAGGUAUCGAUCUCAGAACACACAGAGCCUGGCAGGACUUCUAAGAGGAUUUUUCUAUUACUAUGUGAAUGUUUAUAAAUUUGCACAGCAGGUGAUCUCUAUUAGACUUGGUAUAACUUAUCCAAAGCAGUCUUUAACAUCUGUACAUGAUCUAUACAAUUGGAAAUACAUAUGUAUUGAAGAACCAUUUGACAGCAAUAACACAGCCAGACCUGUUCACCUGGAAUCCAAAUAUCUCGAGAUAAUCCAAGCAUUCUCCAAUACUUUUAAGAAGAUAAAAAAAGCAACAAGUACAUCAGACAUAUUCCAGAUCUGCUAGCAUUAUAGUGUAUAUAAAAACAUAAUAAAAGUGACAGUGUGGUACUGUAAGUGUGCAGAUGCACCGAUGAUAAUAUGCUGUACAGGUCUUACUUAGUAUUCUGCUCUGCAGUCAUCAUUUUGGAUUAUUUGUGGAGUCACAAUUAUAUUGUUUAAAGUGUGUGAACAUUGGUUUUAACAUAGGUUGGAAAUCACAAUCUCUGGCAUAAUAAGACAUGUAUAUUUCUCAAAAAAACCAUGAUUACCAACUACCCUGUCAGUAUGUUGUGUCAGCGAGCUUUGAGGACCCUGUCAAUCAAUGCGUUCCGAGUACCCUGCCCAUCACUGGACUCCACCUGCCCAUCACUGGACUCCAUGCACCCUGUCCAUCACUGGCCGGCAUGUACCUGUCCAUCAGUGGGCUCCAUUCUGUCCAUCAGUGGGCUCCAUCCUGUCCAUCACUGGGCUCCAUCCUGUUUAUCAGUGGGCUCCAUCCUGUCCAUCACUGGGCUCUGUGCACCUUGUCCAUCAGUGGGCUCCAUGUAGCCUACAUUAGAAUUAAGGCUUUCAAAUUAAGUAUAGUGUACAUUCUUUUUGUAUGUAAAACACAUUGCAGUGGGAGAUGGCAAUAUUUAUGUUUGACAUUUUUUUAACUAUUUUUUUUGCUUUUAAUAACAGGUUAUUUCAGUUAUACAUAUUUAUUCAGGCUUUAAAUUUGUAAUUACUCACCACUGUUUGUUAUCUAAUUUAUAUCAUAAUCUUAUUUGAAGGUCAUCCUGCAAUUCAGUAUUGUGUAUUUUCAGUAUUUAAUAGCACAUAAGAUAGAAGAUUAUGACCACAUUAUUAAAGGCACAUGGCAGUGGUAGUUUAAAGACACUCCACAUAAAAGUCAGUUUAUGCCCACAAGGUUGUUCAUGGAUCUAGCAAGGACAGUUUCUGUUCACACGGUACCGGUAGUUUAUAGUGCUUCACAUGAAAGUCAGCUCUGCCCACAUGCUAGUUCAUACUGUUUCAUAUGAAAUUUACUUUCUGCCAACAUACCCUGGUACUACCGGUAUUUCAUAAUGCUCUAUUUGAAAGCCACUUUCUGGCCACAUGGUAGUUCAUGGUGCUUUAUUUUAAAGUCAAUGUGCACUAUACACAUGGAAAUCAGUUUCUGGUACAUUAUCACUGAUCAAAUUAAAUAUAAUAAUAACUGUUAGUGCAUCUUCAUUAUUGCACAGACAAAGACAGGAAAUACAGUGGAAUUUUAGAUAUCUGUACAAAAAUACACAAGAUAGAAAAAAAAGAUUUUAUUUAAAACAGUCAUUCAUUUGUUUUUAUUUGCUUUUGAUGUCUUUUUGUUUUGUUUGAAAUUUGUAUAUAUGAAUAAAAAAAUUAUAAGUA